CUCCGACCGCUCCAUCACAUGCACCCGCUCCGUUGAUUACCCAUAAUCCUUCAUCUAUAACCCAUAAUCAGAACCAUAGGGAUCUGGACGCGGGUGGGACCGGACCGGGCUCAUGGAUCCAAUCGUGGAAGUGGUAGCGCUGGUUCUGGGCUUCCUCGGGUGGGUGAUGGUGGGCAUCGCCCUCCCCAACCGCUACUGGAGGACCUCCACCGUGGACGGGAACGUCAUCACCACCUCCACCAUCUACGAGAACCUGUGGAUGUCGUGCGCCACCGACUCCACCGGCGUCCACAACUGUAGGGAGUUCCCAUCGCUGCUGGCGCUGAGCGGUUACAUCCAGGCGUCUCGUGCCCUGAUGAUCUGCUCCAUCGUCCUGGGAACCUUCGGCCUGGUGGCGGCACUCAUCGGGAUCCAGUGUUCCAAGGCGGGCGGAGAAAACUACGUCCUCAAAGGGCGGAUCGCAGGCACCGCCGGCGUCCUGUUCAUCCUCCAAGGUAUUUGCACCAUGGUGUCAGUGUCCUGGUACGCAUUCAACAUCACCCAGGACUUCUUCGACCCGUUCUUCAUCGGAACCAAGUAUGAAAUCGGUGAAGGUCUGUACAUCGGCUGGUGUUCGGCCGUUCUCGCCAUCGCAGGAGGAGUCUGUCUGACCUGCUCCUGCACCUCAGGAACCCAAGAGAAGUAUCCGUUGCCGUACCAGACCAGAGGAACCGUUUACUCCGGAGCGGCGCCGACCCGGAGCGUCGCCGCCAGCACCUACGGACGCAACGCUUACGUUUAAGGAAACGCAAAAAAAAAAAACCCCGAACCACUGACUGAUGUGACGCGUUCAUUCAUUCACCGCUGACGUUGUAAAAGUUGUACAAAGCUGAAGUUCAACUGAUUGAGUUUCAUAUUUAUGCUUUUGGCCGAUCGAGUCUUUUCUCAUAAAUCACAUGUUGAUCGACGUAAACACACGACAGACUGUGUGUUAUUUUUGUACAGUUUUAUAAAUAGUUCAUGACCCGUCGA